GGGUAAAUACUCUGUCCCAGAACUUUGCAGGAACUCCAAAGCUGCUCACACCUUUGGGUCCUCCACCGUCACACAUAUUAUACUACGACCAUGGCAACUUUUGAUGACAUCUUGGAGGAGGCUGGCAAGUUUGGUCGGUGCCAGAAGCGAAUUGCUGCCAUUUUCUGUUUUGUCUCCAUGCCUUUUGCGUUUGUCUAUGUGGGGAUUGUGUUCCAGGGGUUCACCCCUGAGCAUUGGUGCCGUGACCCAGGUGUCAGUGAGAUCCGGGGGCGUUGUGGAUGGGGUCUUCAAGACACACGUAUGAUGACUGUACCCCUGGUGAAUAGUUCUGCUGGUUUGGUUUACAGCCAGUGUGAGAGAUAUGACAUAAACUGGAAUGCCACUGUUUUCACCUGUGAAAAUCCCGAAAACAACAUCAGCCAGACCCAGCACUCUGCAAUGACCGUGACAGCUUGUACGGAUGGUUGGGAGUAUGAUUAUAAUGGGAAACAGUCUUUUGUCACUGAGUUUCACCUAGUGUGUGCAGACGCCUGGUAUGUUGACAUGUUCCAGGCUACACUCAAUGUUGGCUUCUUAGUGGGAAGCUUUGCAAUUGGAUACCUGGCAGACAAAGUUGGUAGAAAGAAGAGUUUCCUAAUGACAAACAUCUUCAUUGUAGUAACAGGAAUUCUGGUUGCCACAUCCCCUAAUUACACUGCCCUGCUGGUGUUCAGAGCUCUGUUUGGCUUUGGAGUGAAGGGUGGCUGGAUGGUUGGAUAUGUACUAAUCACAGAGAUGGUAGGGGUGGAAUACAGAAGAAUAGUCGGAGUGACCUAUCAGAUGUUCUUCAGCAUCGGCAUUCUUAUUCUUCCUCCCUUUGCUUACCUCAUACCAAACUGGCGCUGGCUACAGGUGGUCUUCACCUUACCUUACCUCUGCUUCCUGUCAUACUAUUGGUUUAUUCCCGAAUCACCAAGAUGGCUCCUCUCCCAAAACAACAAAACAAAAGCACUAGAGAUCACAGAAGCAAUAGCCAAAGAGAACAAGAAAACACUUUCCAAGAACAUUAAAAAUCUCACGGAUGAUAAUGAGGCCUCUGCCUUAACAGCUUCUUUCUUGGACCUCUUCAAGACUCCCAACAUGAGAAAAUACACGUUCAUCCUAAGUUUCAACUGGUUUACCAGUGCUGUGGUAUACCAGGGGCUCAUUAUGAGGCUGGGAAUCCUUGGAGGAAAUGUGUAUGUGGACUUCUUCAUAUCUGGAAUUGUGGAAUUCCCUGCAGCUUUCCUCAUUCUUUUAACUAUUGAGCGAAUUGGCCGACGACUUCCAUUCGCAUGUGCGAAUAUUGUGGCGGGGGCUGCUUGCUUAAUCACAGCUUUUAUACCAGACAGUAUGUUCUGGGUUAAAACCGCUGUUGCUUGUAUUGGGCGACUUGGUAUCACUAUGGCUUUUGAAAUGGUAGUGUUUGUGAAUACGGAACUAUAUCCCACUGUUAUCAGAAAUCUGGGCGUGUCAGCCUGUUCCACAUUGUGUGACAUUGGAGGGAUUGUAGCUCCAUUCCUGCUCUACAGGCUUGCUGUCAUAUGGCUAGAAUUACCCCUCAUAAUUUUCGGUGCUCUUGCAUUUGUGGCUGGUGGACUGGUUCUGCUGUUACCUGAAACCAAAGGUGUACCUCUUCCAGAAACUAUUGAUGACAUUGAAUGUCCAGACAGAAACAAAGGAAACCAUCUGAAGAGUCAACAACUUGAAAAUUUGCUCCCCACUGAUGUGACAUCAAACAAAGAAGUUACAAGUGUCUGAUUUUUAUAGUUUUUGAUUAAUAGACAGAACAUCAGCAAGCAUCCUUUUUCAUUUAAGGAUUUAACAAAAAUAUCAGAAUUGAAAUACAUUUUUUAUUUUCAAUAUGUAAACAUUUUAAACAAAUGUUUUUAAAUUAGCCAUUUGAUUUUACCAUUCAACUUUUUUUUUUUAAAGUUGAUAAUUGUAUAUUUUUGUUUAAAAAAAAAUCUAUUAAAGAUCAAAAAUUAAAUCAAAGGACUUUUGAUUUAAAGAUAAUACGUCUCCAUAAAAAUAUCUGUUUUAAAAUGUUGUUUUAAAUUAUUGUUUGGUCAUUUACAAUGUUUUGAACUAGUGGUUGAUGAAUAAAAUACAGUACAGAUUUAUAUGCAGUAAAUAGAGUAUAUAAAUACACCUAUCAGCCACAACAAUACUAUUGUGCCUAAUAUUGUGUAGGUCCCCCUGGUGCUGCCAAAACAGCGGCAACCUGCAUCCCAGAUUAGCAUUCUGAG